AAAUGGGUUACUCUGUUUUAUUUUGUUAUUGCUCGGAAAUAAGUUAUUUUAAUAAUAAUGAUUAUGUGUUUAAUGAUAAUGAUUUUAUGUGUUUGAAUGUAACCCCCCCCCCCCCGUGUCGUUUUUGAAAAGUUGCCCCGCUCUGACAUUGAGCGUCGUACAGGCUGUUACGUAACGCGCGUGCCGACGCCGCUGAGCAGAUGUUACAGUUGUUGAUGUUGCGCAAAGAAGGCAUCGUCUCACCACCGAAUAAGAAAUGGAAUAAAAUUCAAUUUAAUUGAAAAAAAUAAAUUAAAAAAGGCCUGUAUUAUUGAUAAAACAUGUGUAAGUAAAGUCAUUACCAAGAUAUUAUUGUUAUUACAAAACGGAACCAAUUACAAGAGCUUCCUUCAUUUGGCUUCAAAUCACUAAAUGAGACAACAGAAUUUAGUUUGUUAAAAAAACAACGUGUCACUAGUGGAUCGCCUGCACAGAUGAUUAUCGUACAUUUUCUCGCCUUUAACGAGUUGGACUCGUCGUGUCGACCUGUUACCGAGCUGUUCGUGCGCUGCAGCAGGUCUACGUGGAGCGCGUGAGCCGGGUCGGAGGUCAUGCUGCGGACGGAACCUGACCCCCGCGGCCUCUUUUCCUCCGGAGAGACGUCCGACAACGACUGUGGGGGGGAAGCGAGUGGCGAGGAGGCGGAUGCGGCGUGCGCGUGCGAGGCCGGCCCCUGCACCCUUUACUCGGAAGCCCACGCGCCCUCGAUGGAUGCACCGCUGCUGUGUGAACGCUGCGGGAAAAACAGGGUGAUGGUGACCCGGUACUCGGAGGGGUACGGCACAGAGGAGGAGUGCGUGGUGUCCGACCCUCAGGGGGAGAGCGACGCGGACGCCGAUAUAGAGGACACGGAUUGCAGACUCCAGGAGCCGGGUCCCCUCCAGCGAAUCAGCUCGCGGAGACGCAAGCGUCCUCGCGUCGCGCGGCAAGACACCACCGAGAGCGAGGACGACGGCGGGCGGAGCUGCCGGACGCACCGCUGGACCCUCAGGCUGAGCCCCGCCAGGGCGCACAGCAGGACCAUCCCGGAGGAGAGCGUCUCGCAGGUCAGGCCGCUGGUCAUCCUGCGGCCCGGCGCCGAGGGGCCGGCGGAGCUCCCACGAGGCUCCGGGCGCCCGGCGUCUUUGUGGCCGCCGCCCCCCUCCGUCCCGCUCGCCCUCCUCCUCCUCCUGCUGCUGCCGCUCUCCCUCGUCGCCGCCAUCGUUAUCGUGUCCCUCCUCCGGCCGCGGGCCGGCGCUUGAGCCGACACUUCUGCUACAGGAGGGUGGUGCCAUUACGAAAAGAAAAAAAAAAGGCUCUGCACACUCCCACAAUGCAGUGCGGCACAAAGAUAUGGUGCUUCGUAGAGGAGAGUUAGAUAUGUUUUAAUAGACGAAGCCAUCCACGUUUUAUGGUGAGUUUUGUCUCAGAAAAUACAGAUGUUGGCUGAUGUUUUGGGGGCUUUGUUCUAACCAGAGAGGAACGGGAUCGGAUGCAUUCGUUCCUCUGCACAGACUCAGAAUCUCAGCGCUCGCUUCUGCCUCGCGAAAAUCUCACCUCCCGUCUCGCUUUCUCACCCCCUCCUCCUGUAAAAAUAGACCCUCGACUCGUCUCACUCCUUAUUCUAAUGAGCCGCGGGAGGGAAUCUGCAGGAGGUUUCAGGGCUUCACCGGUACGUCCGACCAAAGGGAAAAACACGCCAUCGGUGGGGCAAAUGGUGACGCCGCUAAAACUAUGCAAUACUUCUGCUCCCAGCGCAGCAUCUUCAGUGCUGUCAAAAGAAGUCUCCCAUUUCUUUUGGCACUGUCGUCACCCGGUGGCCCCCUCGCCUUUUCUCUUUGGAAUACAGGGAGUCAUGGUUUUAAAAUAGAGCAUGACCAAGUUGCAAAGGCAACAACACAGGAGGUGCGAUGCAGCUCAUGAGCCGGCAGCACAUCUGUUGCUUUACUAAGCGCAGCACGUGUGCGCUUUUUCUUCUUGCAGAUCCUUCUUCUUCUCCCACAUCUUCCUGCACUCGUGUGUUUUCAGUUAAACAUUUUGUGAAAGUUAAUUUCGUUGAAGCAAUUUAAACACUUUAAACCACCUCUCUCAAUUGUUUACUUUUAUGUUGAAUGAUAAUAUUUAUGGUAUAUCUGUAUUUAUGAAUUAUUAUUUAAGAAGAUAAGUUGACACCACUCAUUCCAAGCUGUUGUAAUUAAAGUUUUGGCUUUUUCUGGACUGUAUGUUUUACAUGAUGCUGUUUUUUCAAAGUUGUGAUUUUUUUUGUUCCACAGUUGCUCGUAUCCAUCUAAAUGUUCAUUCCCAAUCGAGUUUAUAACUGUGCUUAACAGCCUGUUUGUGCCUGUCCUAAAUGUCUGUGUGUUCACUGUGGUGUUUCACGGGAUUCAUUAAAACUAUUGUAUUUUGACAAGAA